AUGCAGGAUCGCGAUUUGGAGCUUUUGAUCUGCGAGGCGAUCACCCCGGACGGGUGUGCGGUGAUGAAGGCGUUUUCGACGCCGAUGGGGAUGGUGGUGCCGAUGGAUCCGACCCAAACGCGGUACGUCCGGGCGGCUGUCCUGCUCUCUGGGGUGCUGGCGCGACCAUUGAGGCUGGAGCAGGUGGACCUCGCGGCGUCUUUACCGCUCAGUCUUCGCGGAAUUGCCCAGCGGGAUCUGGUGGACAUCAGUGGCGGCGCCCGAAAAGAGUACUGCGUAGUGGAAUAUCUUGGGCUUGUGCAUCCCAUGGGGAUGAUUCCCCCUGUCCUCACCAAUAUGGUGAUUUCGGCGCAGGUUUCUGUUCUGAAUGAACUUCAGCGUUAUAUUGCAGGGCACACCAUCUCCUCGGCGCGACCUUUGCUUUCACCAGCGAUGCCGAUGCGGAAGUCUGGGCAUGAAUUUAAAAACGAUUCACAUUCCCAAGCCACACCUACUGAGUCCUCCCCGUCAGUUUCCACGAAUUUGGAGAAGACUUACAGUGAUGAAGCAUCCGCGGGACUGCUGAAGGAUGCCAUGGGGACUACGUCCGAAAGUACUCCUGAUUCGCAUGAAGCUUCAAAAUUAGACGAUACCUAUCCUAAUAGUCGCAAAAGUGCUUCGACAUGUUUGCCAAUACAGAACCUUCUGCCUGGGGGAUUAUCUCCUUCCGCUACAUUAAAUUGCGAUGAGAAACUGAACAACACUGUAGCCGCUGUGGCUGAAAAUCACUCUCCUACUUCCACUGACAUAGUCCCGUCUCAGGGGGAGUCUCGUCUCCAGAGGACAUUGUCUGUGACAUCGUCUUCUAAUUUAUCGCUGCCAACUUCCACAGAUGAUUCUCAGAAAAAGGGCAAAACACGAUUCUGGAGGAAGUAUGUAAAAAAAUCUGCUAUUUCGAAGUUGUAG